AUGAUGACAGCUGCGGACGAGAUUUAUCACGUUGUAUGUGAUAAAAACAAACUGCAGAGUAGCGAUGUGGAACUGCGUCUGGAAUCAGGCUUCGAAAUGGCAAACGAUGCUGCUGAAGCAGCUAGGAACGGUAGCGAUGUGGAACUGCGUCUGGAAUCAGGCUUCGAAAUGGCGAACGAUGCUGCUGAAGCAGCUAGGAACGUUUAUACAGAUUUGAGUGUCAAAAAUCGAUCCAGAUCCAAAAUCCUUGAAUUGUACGCUUAA